UAAAGAGAAGGGUUGAUGCACAAGCGAAGCAAAGAGCAAAGUCAUGGAUUGCUUCCUACAUCUGAUUUUCUACUUUCAGCUGGUGCUCUCUGUCACUAUGCUAGAUGUUGCUUUAACUAAAUCAGAUGAGAAAGACUCAUCUUUCCCCUAUGUACCUCCAGAAAGGAACUGGAUUCUUUCUUCUGGUCAUUCUUCCCAUCCAGAAACUCCAUGUAAUUUUGGAUGGAACUGUUCUUGGAUUAUGUCUGCUAAUAGCUUUGGACAACCUGACUGGCUACUAUCUUCAGUUGUUGCUCUGACUUCUCAAGAAGAUCAACACAUUAUGGACAUAAGCUCAUCCAACAGAGAUCUGGAAGGGGAUAUUCUUCUCCUGAACCCUAGCAGGAUCUCGGAUAGAUGCACAUUCAGCCUCCACAGUCCAAUCCUGCCAUGGAGCUCCAGUUCAUGUCUGUUGGAGCUAGCAGUAUAUUCACAGGGCCUCAGUCUUGCAGGACUCUCUGCUGAAGUGCACUAUGUGGACACAAACCAAAGUAAAGCUGUUCAUCUGCAAGAAGGACAUGAGGAGGAUGCCUGGGUAAAAUGGAAAAUUCUAAUAGGCUCAAUUGGACAAAUGGAAAGGCCUUUUGAGAUCACUUUGCUGUAUUCAAGUUGUGAUGAAAAGAAUUCUGGGUUUUUGGCGCUGGGAUCAUUGCAACUUCAAAAUUGCCUUCAUGAUAAAGAUCUUUACAACUCUGAUAAGGGAUCUCCUAUCCCCUGCCCACAUGAGGGCUGUGUCAGCCAUCUAGAGGUUUGCAGUUUCAAUUCUGAUUGUCCAACCAAAGAAGAAGAUGAAUCCCUCUGUGAUAGCCUAACAGAGGGGGCACAUUGUUCUUUUGAGGAAGGUGCCUGUGGUUGGACAAUAGAUGGAAAUAUAAAUUCUUCCUGGUCUAUUAGUGGUUUUUCAAGGAUGCACGAAAACCAGAUUGGAGGAUCUGCCUUACAAGCCACUGGAGGUCAUUUUUUGUAUCUGCAUGUCAAUAAUGAACACACAGAUGGUUUUUCCCGGGCAUACAGCACUGACCUUCCAGCCAUUCUUUCCAAUGGAUCUUAUAAGGUCCAAUUCUCAGCAUAUGUUUUUGGCCAUUACAAUGGUAGCAUUUCAUUCACUGUACAAGAAAAUGAAGGAGUAACCAAUGGCAGUGCGGCACUACAGAUAUGGGAAAAAUCAGGGAGCUGGAGCAAUCAUUGGUUUCUCAUAACUUUGGAAAUGCCAAGCCUACAGAACAGCUUUCAUCUGGAGCUCCUCGCUAAUUGGGGUUGGAAUUCACAAGCUGAUAUUGCUGUGGACAACAUAACUUUUGGUCUGGAUUGCUUCUCUAAUGGAAGAAAACAAAGCCACACUGAUGGAGAACAACACUACUCAUUGGCAAUUGAUAGAUUGGAUGAGCGUCUUUUUAAUCCUUUGGAAGAACCCCUUCUUUUAGGGGAAACUCCUGUUAAUCUCUGGUGGUUUACAGCCUGUGGGGCUAGUGGGCCUCGAGGACCAACACAAGCACAAUGUGAUAGUGCUUACCACACCACUAAUGUGUCAGUGACUGUGGAAAAAGAGGGACAUCUACGAGGGGUACAAAUCUGGAAAGUGCCAGCAUCAAACCGAUAUACGAUUUCAGCCUACGGAGCAGCUGGAGGAAAAGGAGCCAAGAACCACAACCAACGGUCCCAUGGGAUUUUUAUCUCAGCUAACUUCCAACUGGAAAAGGAUGAACUCCUCUACAUGUUGGUGGGGCAACAAGGGGAAGAUGCCUGCCUAAGGAUUAACUAUCACACUAAGCAGAUUUGCCUGGGGGAAUCUUCAGAAAUUGAAGAAGAAUACAAAAAAGCGAAGGGACUGACCGAAUGGGCUGGAGGAGGGGGCGGGGGCGGAGGAGCCACCUAUGUGUUUCGACAGAAGGAUGGAGCUUUUGAACCUUUGCUUGUUGCGGCAGGGGGUGGAGGAAAAGCUUAUCUGAAGGCGCAGGAGAGCUCCCUGGACGAUGCGUUCUUGGAACAGUAUGUGAACAGCUCGGCAAUACCUGGGGUCAGUGGGAGAACUGGAGCAGCAGGUGGAGGUGGUGGUUGGGAAGGUAUUACCCAGUUUCCCUGGGCUGGAAAAUCACUUCUGGAAGGUGGAGAAGGUGGUGAGGCCUGCCAACAAGCAUUAGAGAAACUCCAGUGGGCUACUUCUGGUGGUUUUGGUGGUGGAGGAGGAGCUUGUACAUCUGGUGGUGGAGGAGGAGGCUACAAAGGUGGACAUGCUUCUGAAACAGAUGACAUUACAGCUGAUGGGCAGCAUGGUGAAUCCUUUGUGAAUCCAAUUGGGGAGAUCUUCUUGAGCCCUUUGGCAGUUAUGGAAAGUCACGGUGAAGUAGUCAUUGAAGUCUAUGUGAAUUGCAGCCAUUGCCAAUCAGGUAUCUGCAAACAAGAGCCUGGCAGUCACCUACCUGUCUGUAUUUGUUCAGCAGGGGCCAUCUUGGCUAAUGACAACGUUUCCUGCACAGUUAUCCGGGAACCAAUUCCAGAAGAGCGUUUGCCUCUCCCAUUCCUCUUGACAGUGAUUUCUGUGAUUGUGGUGCUUGUUAUGAUUCUCACUUGUGGUAGCCUAUCAAUUGUUUAUCAUCGAAAGAAAAAGAUGCUAGAGGGAACCAGAGCCCAUCUGCAGAAUCCAGAUUAUAACCUAAGCAAAAUCCGUACUUCUACCAUCAUGACAGAUUAUAACCCCAACUACAGUUUUGCAGGAAAGACAGCCUCUCUCAGUGAACUUAAAGAGAUUCCACGAAAGAAUAUUUCUCUACUUCAGGAACUUGGACAUGGAGCAUUUGGUGAAGUUUACCAAGGAACAGUGGUAGGAAUUACAGGAGAUUCCAGUCCUCUACAGGUGGCUAUCAAGACAUUGCCAGAAAUCUCCUCAGAGCAGGAUGAGAUGGAUUUCCUAAUGGAAGCACUGAUAAUCAGUAAAUUCAGUCACCAGAAUAUAGUGCAGUGCAUUGGGGUGAGCCUGCAAACGUUGCCUCGUUUUAUCCUUUUGGAACUGAUGACCGGAGGAGACAUGAAGAGCUUCCUACGGCAGAAUCGGCCUCGGGAGAAUCAGCCAUCUGCUUUGACGAUGCUGGAUUUGCUAAAUAUUGCCAGGGACAUUGCUUGUGGUUGCAAAUAUCUUGAGGAGAACCAUUUCAUUCACCGGGAUAUAGCUGCAAGGAAUUGCCUUUUGACCUGUUCUGGUUCUGGGCGAGUAGCCAAAAUCGGUGACUUCGGAAUGGCCCGAGAUAUCUACAGGGCAAGCUAUUAUCGCAAAGGUGGGCGAGCCAUGCUUCCGGUCAAGUGGAUGCCUCCAGAAGCUUUCCUGGAAGGCAUCUUCACUUCCAAGACAGACACCUGGUCCUUCGGAGUGCUGCUUUGGGAGAUUUUCUCCUUGGGCUACAUGCCUUAUCCAUGUAAAACCAACCAGGAAGUAUUAGAGUUUGUUACCAGUGGAGGAAGAAUGGACCCUCCCAAGAACUGCCCUGGACCUGUCUAUCGGAUCAUGACACAAUGCUGGCAGCACAGUCCCGAAUACAGACCAAAUUUCUCUACAAUCCUGGAAAGGAUCAAGUACUGCACACAAGACCCUGACGUGAUCCAUACUGAAUUGCCCAUUGAAUGCAGCCCCACACCAGAGGAUGAAGGAAGCACUGUGCUACAUCCAAAUAGCAACACAGGAAUAGUUCCUUUGCUUGGGAAUCAGUGCCCUCAAAUAAGCCACCAAGCAAUUGAAGAACAUGAUUCUGGGAACAAAUAUGGACAAUGUCCCCAAGAGCUAUUAGUGGAGAACCUUAGUAAUUGGAGAGCAAGAGGACCAAACUUACCACGUUUCAGCCAUUCCAGCAGUGGGGCUUGGGCUCAACCAGUCUUAAACCAGAAACUGGAUUCCACAAGUCAGCCAGCACAUAAGUUGAAGAACAAAACCAAAAACCUUUGGAACCCAACAUAUGGAUCCUGGGUCAUGGAGAAUAAUUGCCAAUCCAGUCCCAGCUCUAAACUCAACACAAUGCAAGAGCGAGAAGAUUCAGGAUUUGAUGGGAAUUAUAGUCCCACCCCUAGUUCUCGGGCCUCGCCUUCAUCUCCAAGUCAGAACCAUUCUCCUCACAUUGAUAUUGGUGGGAUUGAACUGGUGAAGCUGCAGAAUUUCCCUUGCGGCAAUGUGAAUUAUGCUUAUGAUGACCUCUGCUAUGAAAUAGGUCACCCUUCACCUUUGGCUGUAGAGCCAGCCACAGUCAUGAGGAGUGGAAGUCUGCACAGGGAUAGCAAGCUUGUUUUCAAGACAGAGAAAACCUCAAGGGAGAGAGAUUCUGGUCUCUCCUUGUCUGAUGAUCUGAAUGUUACUCCUAUAUAACAGGGGAUGCUGAAGAAUCAUAUCUUCAACUUUGGGUACGGCUGCAAGAGCAAUUAAAAAGUCCUCCAUCCCUAUUCUUAAAUUGGGUGGAUUAAUAUCACUCUCUGGCUUCCUUUCCUAUGAAUGCCCAAUGAAGCAGUUCAAAAUGUAACAUUGGUUCCAAUCUAUUAAAUUCGUGGUUACAGAAAGAAAUGAUGUCCUUGUUAAAAUGGUUCAGGGUUUAGUUGGAAGUGGUCAUACCCAAUCACCUCUAAUAAAAAUUAUCUAUAUCAUAAAACAGAACAUGUAAGAAACGGCAAAACCAAUCAUUACCGGUUUAAACCAGUGAUCUGUAAAUUAUUGUACUUUCCAACUUAUUUAUCAUAAUACUGUAUGGGAAAUUAAAUAUACUUAGUUUACUUAAGGCACUAUUGCCCAAAGUGAAUGGUAACAAAGAAACUAGAUUAAGAAAGGACAGAAAUUAUCUGUUUUCUGCAGAAAAAGCACAGAAAACAAAUAAAAGGUUUGUAAAGGAGCAAACAGAACCGAGGCCUUCUUUUUCAUUACUGAAAAUGGUUUUGCCUCACAAAAUCCAACUUAGGUCUCUGGAGUCAGAAUUAUUCCUCAUUAGUUAUAGCUCAGUGGGCUAAAUGCUUUUAAUGGACCUCACAAGGCACCCCUAAUGUACAAGCAGUCUGUGUUCAAUAGUAGCAACUCAUGCUUCAGUAGAGGUCUUUUUUGUACAAAUACACUUAAUAAUAAUGUAAACUCUUUGAAGGUGAACCAUAGUUAAGUUAGUUACUUAAAACAGUAUCAACAAAAAAGCAUUUUAAUUUUCAGGACAAUCUUGCCUUAUUAAGUAACAUUUGGUCUCAAAUUUUAUCCUCUAAUAGCUGUUGGUGUUAUUAAGGAAUACAAUUCCAGACCAAGUGCCAGCUACAUUCUUGAAAAUUAAGGAGUUAUGAGUUCACUAUUAGCAAGUUCAGAACAAGGUUGAAGGACAGAAAAGGAUAUUUAGAAGCAGAAUGAAUUUAUUAGGCAAUGUAACUCUUUAAAUCAUAAAUCUUUAUAGAAAAUUCCAUUUUAGCCCAAGUCAUUUCAUGGAUGCAUUUCUGUUUUACACAAGGUAACUUUGAGUGUGUUUCACUGCAGGGAAUCAAUAGAGUUUAGAGCUGUCAAUGGAUUCAGAGGACUGUGUACAGUAUCUUCAUGUACCUGAUGUAUAAACUGGAUAGAUGCUCAAGAGAUAUGUUCAAGGCUAUAUAGGCUACUCUUUUUUAGAAUCAGUCUUGCUGUAUCUAUUUUAUCUUACAGUUCUCCGGCUGAAAGUUAAAGUCUUCAGAAGAUGUUCAGUAUUGUUCUGUUGUUAUCAGUUCUUGAUCUUAGCUAAGCUUUUCUCUUGGUUUAGUGAUCAUCUAGAUAAGAGAUUUCCUGACAUUUCGAUGGCAACAGACCACCUUGUCUGUGAAGAUGCCCGCCACAAGUCCAAGUGAAACGUCAGGAAAUUUAUUGUCAAAACCACAGUUACUAAACCUUGAAACCCAACACUGCUCAACAGAUACUGGCUGUAAAAGCUUACACCAGUAUAUUCUUGUCUUAGUUUGGUGUAAUGUGCAAAUAGUAGGUAUACAUUAUGUUUGUAUGUCAUUUUAAUCACAAUAUAAUUACCUGCCUUAUUGGUAGUAAUGGACUUCUUUCCAUGAACUCCCAGAGAUUUUUAAUCCCCAAAACAUCAGAAUCAUGAAGUAAGGCCUAAGUAAUUCAUUGGUUCGGUGUAGCAAGAGCAGAAAGUUUUCUUGAAAACCAGUGUUAAAAUUUUAUUUAGCAAAAUUAAUGAUUAAGGAACAUUUCCCAAAGAUCUUUAAUACCAUUUUAGAAAAAUAAAGUCCUUAUUGUUAGUGCACAGUG